UGGCAGCUGAAGAGCACAAGCGGGGGGGACACGCUCAGCGCUGCAUGUGAAGCCCCCGGAGAUCGGACCAGAGGGAGCGCACAGGGAUGGGCAUACUCAAGUUCCUCAUCAACAGGUUUGGUGACGGAGGACACUGGAUGUCACAAUGCUACUAACAAUGGACGGUGAGAUUCUGAGCACCACAAUGUCAACGUCAGGAGCCGCCCUCCCGGUGUCUUCUCUGACCUUAGAACAAAAAGCUGCCUUCGUGCUCGUGUUCCUGCUGUUCAUCUUCCUGGGGCUCCUCAUCAUACGUUGCUUUAGGAUCCUCCUUGAUCCUUACCGCAGCAUGCCCUCGUCCACAUGGACAGAUUACAUGGAAAAGGACACCUUCGACUACCGCUGGGCCUGAGGGGGGUCUUCUUGACCCAGUCAUGGGAUGGAAAGAACACCUUCAACUACUGAUGGGCCUGACAAUGGCCUUCUUGUACCAGUCAUGGGAUGGGGGGGGGGAAAUGAUGGUGUCACAACAUUCACUGGUGGCCUUUGGGAAAUCAGCUUAGGGGUGGGGUGGGACGUGGGGUUUGUGUUAUUUUUUUAAUUCUUCAAGCCGAAUUGUGUGGGAUGUUUACAUCGACUGUGAAGCUUUGUCACCGAUGCUAAGCUCUGACCAAGGUGGCACAAAGCUGACAUAGAUUUGCCAAUACAAAAAAAAGAAUUUCAAGCCUCAUUACCGCACACUAUGUGCAAGCCUAAGCAGGAACGUUUCGUGACCGUUGCCGCUAUCUUCUGUGUUUUUUGUGUCGAUAUUGUAGUUGAGCAUUGGAAUGUCAAAAACAGAAAAACUUUACCCAUUUUUUUUUUCUUGACGUAAGGCUAGCAACGUUUUUUACUUUGCUGUGACUCCUCGAUUAUAUGGUUUUGAAACCCCACAAUACCUCAGCCAAUAAUGUCAGUUUUUCAAAAAUUUGGGGAAAGAAUAACAAAGAAAUCACCCAAAAAUAUCGGAAAAAAAAGUCAGAAAAUGGGACAAUUCAGAGAGAAGACGUUGGACAAGAAACCUGUCGAGAAGUCCUUCUUUUUAAUGUUUACAAUGCUCGGAGCCUGUGAAUCCGCUGCAGGAUUUUAUAUAUUUUUUUUUUUGUGAAGCCGUUUUACUACAAGGUGCGUUGCAACGCUUAACCAAAACGUCACCGCAUCUCGGGACAAGCCAAAAGCCUGGACACCGCAUGGAGAAAGCUUUGCCAAAACAUUCCAAAGGGGUCACUUUUGGACCUUCUGUAAAACCUGGCGCCUUUUACAAAAAAAAAAAAGCACACGUUUUUGAAAUCCAAGUUUCCCUCUUUUUGGGUAGCUGGAUAUUUUUUCCACAUUUGUUUUUUACAUUUUUUGGUUCCUAAAAACGGGAGAAUUUUAUCUUUCGAUGGUUCCGUAGACAGUGUAUAUGUUAAGAUGACCUUUCAGCUCUUCUGACAGGUCUCUUUUAGAACCUUCUCGUAAUAUAACAAUUUUUUAGAAACUUUCCUUUGGAACAUUAUGCCGUGCUGUCCCUCUCUUACUCCUCCGGGAAAUAUAUGAAGAAUUGACAAAAGAGGUGCAAAAUAAAAAAAAACAGACACAUUAAGCAAGCCGACACUUCUGAUAGAGAUCUAUAAGUUGGACCAGUCACUGCCAGGAAUGAUCUCCUCUCUUUUCGUGCCAAAGACGCAGGUUUGUCGAGGUGGAGGGAAAAAAAAAAAAAUGCGGUUUCCAUGGAAACUGGGCAUCCUGAUUCGUUAGUGUUCUACCUUGCUAAAAUAGAUGAAGACAAGUCCUUGGGGGGCGGCAGGCUGCAGGUUAGGAUGUAUUACUAUAGUUGUCGAGGUAUAAAAAUACCUGCUCCCAAAUUGUUCAUGUGCUCCAGCAUUUUUGGUGUGCGCAAUGUGGAAACAAUAAAAAUGGAGAUGUUUACUCAGUGUCCUUCUUGGGGAGAAUUUAGUUUGCAAAAAUCAUGGUACUAAAUGGUGCCCACUGUCUGUUUUGGGCCUUCAUUUUGACACAAAUGCCUAGUUUUCAAUCAUUACUACAUGGAAACUGUCAAAAAGCAGCUGUUGAUGGAUCUGACACAUUUACGGAGCGUUCACAGGCCGAUGUCCUAGUCUUACGUUGAUCAGAGGAGUUAGAUGUAACAAAUCAUCUGCUAUCCAUGUGUAAAGGAAAGUGGCUGACCUAACAUUCACAGUAUUAAAAAACAGUCCUACCGAGAUCCGUCAACAGCAGCUAAGCCUGCUUGUUGAUAGUUUCCAUUUAUUUUUACGUAACAGUAAAAAUUUGCUUAAAAAAAUAAAAAUCGAAUGAAUAUAGAUUAAAUUUUCUAAAUUUCACUUUUAACAAUGUGGAUUUUCCCUUUACAUAGAUGACAGAACAUCACCCGAUAUAGCAGGGUGCUGGAGUCUCGUUCAGACUGUCAUCCUGGUGACAUCAAGUGACACUUUAUAUAGUCUCCAUGGCAACGGCUGCUGUAAACGCAUCUCGACAAGAAUGAGAAAUCCGCAGCCUCUGUAGAUCAUUAAGACUCUGCUCCCCCCAAAUCCUGCAUCUUAUUAUUAACACGGACUGGCCAUACAUGUGUGAGGAUGAUGCCCUUUACCCUAAAGGUGCUCAUAUACCUGUCACUCUGCCAACAGCCAUCGCUUUUGACUUCACCAUAUGCAGACACACAAGGCUCAUUGUUCCGUUUAUGCGAAUUAGUUCUCCGGUGCAGUCAGGGUGGGCGUGAGUCACUCGGUGUACCA